CGUACCAAAUUGGCGUGUGUCAGAUGUCGACGGCGCAAAACGAAGUGUUCGGGGUCCAUCCCAUGCUCUACAUGUAUCUCAGGGGGCCAUGAGUGUGUUUUCUACAAGAAGCCAAGGGUCAUCAAGGUGCUAGACUCGGAAAUCCAGGUAUACCAGGACAGAAUUGAGGAGCUCGAGCGAGAACUAGAGAUGGCGAAGUCUCCCAGCGGAAGCUCUGCUACUUCGUCAGACACCAUUGACCGAUUAAACCUAUCCAUAUGGCUUGGGUCUGCGUCGUCGGAGUUAAUCUGCUGGAACUUGAAGCAGUUCAAGAUUUCCAGUUCGGAUCCAUCGAAAAGCAGUGAAGAAAUCAUCAUAAGUCCAAACUUCAGUUCGUUUAACGAGGAAACAACGUAUGAUGGGUUGUUCCGGGUGGAAAACUUGUUGAAUUCGGAUGAGGUUCGUGAGAUCCUCGAACCCUUGAACUAUCUCAAAUUUCUCGAGCUCUUUGACAACGUUGUCACUUUCAUUAACGCAGGCUACCUUAUUGUUGACCCUGAUGAGUUCAUCAGAAAGGGCCUGGAGUAUUUUGACUUCAGCUCACCACAACAGCAGUUGAGAAUGGAUUUAGUUGACUUCGAAGACGAAGGAAAACGAUUUUUCUUGCUAAAGAUGGUGACAAUUUUGGCGUUGGGAGAAAUCUAUGGCACCGAUUCAUACGUGGGGAUUAAAAAACCAAAUAAAUGGCCAUCUCUACCUGGUUCUGACUAUUUUCGGGUGGUCAUCAAGUAUAUGCCCUCAUCCUUUUCAUUAAUUACUUUUUGCAGUCAGCCGUUGGGGAGAUCUUUUGAAAUAAUAGAAAUGUUUGGAUUGUCUUCAUUAUACCUCAGAAUCAUUGACAAGAAAAAUGCAGCCGUGCUUUUUACUCUUAAUGCUUUGCAAUUGUGUAUCUCGUUGAAUUUGCACAAAGAAAAACAUUUAAGAUCUCCUGUUGUUAGCGAAAAAUCUACACGGAGCAUCAAUAAGAUUUGGUGGAGCUCUUUUUGUUUGAAUCAAUUUUUCAGUUCAAGAAUUGCUCAACCAUUGUUAUUGAGUCUAAAGGAAAUCAGAACGUACAACAAUGAGAGACCGUCCUCCGGGACCCAAUCACCAGUUAUGGAAAAGGAUAAAUUGAUGCAUACUAUCAUUUCGAAGUACAACUUUUCAUCCCUGUCUUCCAUGAAGUACUAUGUCGAAUUAGCAAAAAUAUCCGAUCGGAUAACGCAUGAGCUCUACUGUGUCAAGCUUCCAUUUAAUAACAAGGACUUCUUACAAUCGAUCUUGAAUAUUAUUGAAUCAUUGGUUCAAUGGGUGAACGACCUCCCGUAUCACCUCAAGCUCAAACUCCCAAUGAUCAUCAAAGACAACGCACUGACGAAUCGGUUGAUCUGCAGCUUGCACCUAAACUACCUCCACCACAUCUACUUAUCAAGCAUUCCCGUGCUUCUCAACUUUGUGCGGAUGAAGAUCUUCAAUUACUACAAGUUCAAGAGAUUAAUCCUCAAUCCCAUCAUGCUCAACGAAAUGCCCAAGAACAUCUCCAACUUGAUGCAUAUGCUUAUCAAAUCUUGCCAGUUGACCACCAACAUUUUCAUGACCUUGUACAGGCAGAGAUACUUGAGAGUGUUUGGAUUCACGGACUUGGACUUCUUGUUUAGUUGCUCGUUGGUUUUUUUGAUUUGCUUGAUUCUAGGCGUUGAUAAAGACAAGUACUUUGCUUUUGAUGAGUACUUGGAGAUCUCCAUGAAUAUCAUGUAUGAGAUGAAUAUGGGAGGAAACCUUGUUGCUAAAGGCAAAUUGAACCAGAUCCUAGACUUGUUACGGGAGAUAGAGGAUUUGCAGCCCGAACUCCAGUUUGGAUUCCAGCCCAUCAAUGGAACCGGAGGCUUUAACUACAUCACCAACGAUCAACUCUACGGAUUGACAGAUAAUACUGACCUUACUGAUCUUCGCAUUGCUGAUGAAGAUGUGGAGUUCAUGAACCAGAUCCUUCAGGGCUACGAUAGCAGGCUA